CUUGUAUUUUGCAAUGAUGAAGUAGACAAGUAGUUUCACAUGCUGGACCUUAGUAGCUGCAUUUGAGUCUAUGUUAUAUAUUUGGUCUAAUCUUGAAUCCAGAACAUUGUAGUUUUUGCAUGAGUCCAAGUUAAGACAAGCUAAACUCAUUCCUUAAAACUGAUAUGCAUAAUUUAGAUGUUGAGAACCUUCCUAACUGGUUUGGAUUUCCUAAUUCCUUUAUUGACCUCCAUCUUGGUGAUAAAUAGUUAUUAUUCAGCUCUCCUGAACAUGCAAAGCAUAAGAAUUUCCGUUUUGAGGCAUGUUAGGGUGAGUGGAUCAGCUGAAAGUUGGUUGUUAGCUGAGAAACAGAAUGUGCUCAAGCAACUAAGCCGCCAGAUGUGCUCAUCAACAGUAACUUGUCCUGAUCAAAUAAUGGAUCGAGUGAUUGGACUGGUUAAGAAAUUUGAUAAAAUUGAUGCCUCUAAGGUUACUGAAACAGCGGAUUUUCAGAAAGACUUAAGCCUGGACAGUUUAGACAGGGUAGAGCUCGUAAUGGCUUUUGAGCAAGAAUUCUCCCUUGAUAUCCCUGACGAGAAAGCUGAUAAGCUAACUUGCUGUGCUGAUGUUGCAAAGUACAUUGUUUCUGGAGCUGAGCAAAAGGUUGUGGAGGAGUCCUGAUUGGUUUUUAAAUUUGUAAUGCAUUCAAGAUUUUACUGGUGGGUGCAUCUGCCAUGUUUUCUUCCCAUUAAUAAGUCUUGGGUGCAAAAUUUCUCUGGUUGGUUUACAUUGAUGUUUCUUUAGAAAUGUAAUGAUUGCAGAAAAUCUAGAAACUCUUUAUUCUCAAGUAAUUCUCUUAUUGAUUCUACAACUCAA